GUUUAGCAGCUUUUUCAGUCUUCCUACUCAGAAGCAUUAGCUGUGCAUCCAGUGUUCUUCAUCAUCUUUUAAGAAAAACUAGGCUAGGAAUUUGAAGAGGAAAAUGUAUAUUAACAAUGGGACAAAUGAGACCAUAGAAGAUAUGAUACAAAUGAAUAGCUCAAUCUCACAAUACAAUUAUGUCCUGGUAGCCAUCUACAGUGUCUCGCUAAUUGGUGGAGUAGUGGGAGUCAUUUUUAUGACUGUCUUCUUGUAUAACAGCAGCACAAAGCUUUCCGUCACCACGACCUCUAUCAUCAACCUUGUCUUGGUACACAGCGUGUUUCUAAUCUCUGUCCCAUUUCGCAUUGAAUACUUUGCCACAAAUGAGUGGAAGCAUCCAUUUUUCCUCUGCAAAUGGGUGAGCAUCUUCAUCCACUCCCAUUUAUACAUCUCCUUCAUUUUCUACAUUGCCAUCCUGUUUGUACGCUUCCUAUUUUUUUUUGGAAAGAAUAUACAUUUCUACAGGCCCCUCCACGCUUUUUUUGCCAGCUGUCUGGUGUGGGUGGUUGUCUUUGUCAGUAUUUUUCCACCACUCUUCAUUCAGUAUGGCAAACACGGCAAUUACAGUACAAACAAGUGCUUUGAGUUUGGGAAAGAAAUGCAAAAUCCUUUUGUUGCUUCACUGAACUAUGUUAUUAUCACCACUGUUUUGUUGACAGUGUUUGCAUUGCUUGCUUGCCAGUUGGUGAUCCUGGUGAAAGUUGCAAUGAAGAACAAGACCGACUUGCUGUCCCGUCAAGAAUUCAGGGCUCAGUUGAAGAACCUGAGCUUUCUUAUGGUGAUGAUCAUCUGUUUCCUCCCAUACCACAUAUUCCGAAUCUACUACAUUCAACAUAACCAAGGCGAUGACGAUACAAAUCAUUACAAUGAGAUCUGUUUGGCUAUCACAUCUUUAUGUUGUUUUGACUUGCUGACAUUUAUAGCAAGAGGCAGUUGAAGAAGCGCUCAUGCUGUUUCUCAAAAUGACCAAUGAUCAGAUGGCCUUGACUGAAC